AUGUCAAUCAAUAAAACUUCUUACAGUAAGAAGAAAAGUUCUAAUGCUGAGUUGGACCCAUGCCCCUUGGUUUUGUCAGGAGAACAAGAGAGAACAGUCAGUCGUUUGAAGGCUCGAUUCGUUCGGGAAGGUAAAUACCAGAUCAAGAAGGAGUGGGUCCGUUUAAUUUAUUUAAUCAAUAAGCGUAAUGAGAAAAAAACAAUCGAAGAGCUCGGAAGGGAUGUAGUGGUUAGGAAGAAAGUUAAAGAAUUAUACGCAAGAAUGAAAACGUGUGAUGACGUCAAGUCCGCGAGCCAAAGUAUCGACAUUCUGCUUCGCGGCAGAAAUCAUCCUUUAGGAACACUCCAUCUGGUUCCUACUAAACAAUUGGAAUUCGAUUUUCACUGGUUCUCACUCAAACAAGCUUCCAAAUAUUUACAUGAUCUAAUUUUUGAGUUAAAGUUGGAUCCGAGAGCCGUGUCAGGAGAUAUGCGAAUCAAACUUAUUGUUGGGGGCGGUGAUUAUCCUGGCUCGAUCAGACAAACUUUCCGUGAUCGGUACCCUGUGCUUGAUCGGGGAAGCGUAUUGGUUCUUACCAUAUGA